AUGGACGCGGGAAUGCGCGAGGGUCGAACGCGCGAGGCGAACGGGCUUGGAUUCGUCGAUAAGGCGUUUGGGUGUUGCUGGUUGGACGCCGCGUCGGCGAUGGUGUCGACGAAGUGUAACAAAUUGUUCGAGGUGGAGAUUGAUCGAAGACGAUCGAGCGCGCGCGGACGGUUUCGCGAGGUGGAGAUCGGACGCGAGAACGUGGCGCGCGGGCCCGUGACGCGGUCGAUGGGGAGGUCAAUUACGGGACCGCGAUCGCUCGUUGCGACGUUGACGCGCGGUGUCAUCGGGGCGUCGCGAGAUGUGGGAGAUGACCUCGUUCCCGUGGUGGCGCCGUGCGGAAGACGUUCUGGAGGAGCGCACGCGGUGGUGUGUUCGGAACUUCGCGAGCACGUUCUGUGCAGUGGUGGACCCGACCACGACGUCGUUAGUUUCGUUAGAGAUGUUGACACGGACGCACUCGUUCCGAGACUGGCGCUUCGAGGGCACGAAGACGUGGUAUUCGGAAUUGAUUUUUGCUCUCGAGACACGGCGGCGACGUGCUCACGCGACGGGACGGUGAAAAUAUGGCGAUUACCUCGCGCGAGCGACGUCACAGAGUACGAUUACAUCGCAUGUGCGAAGUCGAUCGUGCCCCAUCCCUCGUGUGGGAUUCAAAAUGAACGCAUACGAGGCGUGAAAUCGGUCGGUAAUCAUCUGGCGACAGUGUCCAGCGGAGGCGUCGUGCAUCAACUUGACAUUGAACAUGGGAUGAACGGAGGACUGGUCAGGAUGUAUCCGUUCCCUGGGUACCUCGAAACGUCGUGCAUAGCGACAAACGGGCGAACAGUCGUGGUUGGUUCUCGAACGCACGUGGGAUUCGCCGAUUUUCGCGAACGUCGACUUCACGCGAGUGUAGCGCUUCCGCUUGACGAUAUGAACAGCGUCAGAAGCUUGUCGUGGAUCACCCAAUCGUCGCAUCUGCUCACGUUCGGGGGUGGACGUGGUACGAUAUACUUUUACGAUGAGCGCGUGCGUAGGUAUCUGAACAACGAGCACGGAUUCGUGCACGAGCUGCAUAAUGCAGAUCUGUGCGUACCGCUAUCAGCGGAGGACGAGGAGCGCUUGGCAUUCGACGACAUGUCCCGCGCGUGCCUCCUUCCGGCGAUACUGGCGCAUCAGUGGGACGAUAGCGGCCGACUAUUAGUCGCCGGUGGUCCGCUCCAGGCUCUUCUGAGCGGUUUUUUCAUGGGAAUUUGGAGUUGA